AUGUCAUCAGACUACGCUACUGAGCGUUCCAGCGUUCCCACCCACGUCUCUCGUAUCGUCGAGACUUUCUUCUCCAAGCUAGACGCAAAUACUAUGUUUAAAGAGGAUGACCGAGAAAUACUGGACAACUCCAGGGAUUCCAUGUCCGAAGAUCUCCGCCACGCAGUGACCAUAGCACUGGAGACAGAGAUCAGGAAAAUGGAAGAGCAGGGAGAGCCCGUGGGCGAUAUGUCUCAGUUGACGUUUAUGCCUAAUAUGAUUGCGCCAGUGGACGUGGAUGAAGUGUUGAUGGUGGGAUCUAUCCAAGGGGAGGGUUGGUCCGGAAACGGAGAACUCUUCAACGUCCCUCGCGAAGAUACUACAGCGACAGCGGAAUGA